AUGGAUAACAUAAACAACAUCAGGACAUUAUGUGCAGAUAUGGUGCAAAAGGCCCGUAGUGGGCACCCUGGAGCACCACUAGGACUAGCACCAUUUGUCUACAUUCUGUAUACAGAGUUUAUUAGCUUUGACCCUGAUGAUGAAAACUGGGUAGGUAGAGACGUAUUUCUGCUGUCAAAUGGCCAUGCAUGUGCCCUUCAGUACGUCGUGAACUAUCUUAUAGGCCGUCUAGACAUGAAGGACCUAAUGAACUUCAGGCAAAUCAGCGGGAGAACACCUGGGCACCCUGAAAAGAAGCAUCCAGGAACAGAGUCAAGCACAGGGCCUUUAGGCCAAGGUGUAGCAAACGCCGUCGGAUAUGCAAUAUCAUUGAAGAAGCUUAACCAUCUUGAUCUUGGAAAUCGUGUGUACUGUAUAUUUGGGGAUGGAUGCUAUCAAGAAGGAAUAAGCCAAGAGUCGUUCUCAUUGGUUGCAAGUCUUAAACUAGAUAAUAUAGUUUUCAUAUAUGACUUUAACAAGACAACAAUAGAUGGUCCAACUUCUCUUUCUAUGAAUGAAGAUGUGGUUCAAAGAUUCCUGAGCCUAGGAUUUGAGGUCGAGGUUGUCAAUGGAGAUGACUUGGGUGGAAUAAGAAGGGCAUUGGGUAAAAGGGUUGCAAAGCCAAUAGUUAUCAUAUUAGAAACGGUAAUCGGACGAGGGAGUAUUGUGGAGGGAAGCUGCAAAGCCCAUGGAUCCCCCUUAGGUGAGGAAGGCGUUCGUAAGCUUAAGGAAAGGUUCGGGAUCCCUGCAGUGGAUUUUUACGUUUCUUCUUCAUUAGAAGAAAAGUUUAAAAAUCUUAAUGACGAGAAACGAAAGAUAAGAGCAGAAUGGAAUAAGAAAGGAAUUAGAGUUUUAACAAUUAAAGAACAUAUGGAUAUGCAAAGAAGAAUGGACUCUAUUUAUAAAUCCACAUACACGGCACAGAAUACUCAAAAAGCUACGAGAAAACACUUUUCCGAAGCUUUAAAAGAUCUUAGGGAGGCAAGCUAUCUUAUUGGAGGUGCUGCCGAUUUACAAUCAUCCGUUUUAACAAAAAUAGGUGAGGAUGACUUCAACGCAGAAAAUUAUGAUGGAAGAUAUAUCAACUUUGGCAUUAGAGAACACUGCAUGUGUGGAACUAUCAAUGGAAUUGCAUCGCAUGGGUAUUUUCUUCCGUACACAGGAACAUUCCUAAACUUCAUUUCAUAUGGAUUUCCAUCUGUCAGGCUUGGAUGCAUGGACAACCUGAAUCUCUUCUAUGUAUUAACACAUGAUUCAAUAGGUCUUGGAGAAGACGGGCCUACACACCAGCCUAUCGAGGUUUUAUCCACCCUGAGAGCAACACCAAAUCUUAUUACAAUGAGGCCAUGCGAUGGAACAGAGGUCAGAGCUUCAUUGCACAUUGCGUUAACUAGAGAAGGGUCAAAGGCCGUGAUAUUAUCUAGGCAGAAUGUUCCAGAAAUCCCGCAUUCUGACGUAGAGAAAGCCAAAAGAGGAGCAUAUUAUCUUGUCGAAGUGGAAAAUCCAGACCUUAUAUUACUUUCCACAGGAUCAGAAGUCCAGUUGUGCUAUGAAGUGGCCGAUGCGUUACCAGAUCUUAGGAUUUCAAUUGUUUCAUUCUUUUCAUGGGAGCUAUUUGAGGAACAAGAAGAGGAAUACAAGAAACAUAUACUCAAGAGUGUUCCAAGGAUCAGCAUUGAAGCCUUGAGUACAUUUGGUUGGGCAAAAUAUUCUGAUCUCCAGAUCGGAGUGGAUACCUUCGGGGUAAGCGGCCCAUCUAAAGAUGUCUACAACUAUUUUGGACUGAACUGCAAGGAAAUCUCUAAGAAAAUAACAGACUUCAUUAAAUAG